UAAACUGCAUGCCCUUGAAGUUCUAACACUGUUGCUGGAAACUGAACUCAGACCCUCAAUGAUGUGUUCUAUUAUAAUUUUAAUUUUUUCUCCAUACUUUCUGUGAUGCUCUAGUUUUUCUUCAUUUUGAAAUUGUGGACUAGCUGUUCAAAGUCAUGGAUUCAAGUAUUGCCACUCAGAAUAAUUACACGACCACAAAAUGUUCUUCUAAGCAAGCCGGGGUUGAUGGGGAAGACAUAAUUAGCAAGUUACAUGAAAGCAUUCUUGGUCAUAUCCUGUGUUUCCUUCCAACUAUGGAAGCCGUUCACACUAGUGUGUUAUCAACAAGGUGGAUUCAUGUUUGGAAAUCCAUCACUGGUCUACAAUUUAAUGAUAGUUUGCUUUGUUUUGGGAAGAAGAUGCAAAAAGAACAGUUUGUGUAUUUUGUGGAGAGUGUGCUUCUUCACCUUGCCAAUUCAAGUAUCAAAAGUUUCACUCUUUGUUUAACAUGUUAUCAUUAUGAUUCAUCUCAGAUUAGUGCAUGGAUCUCCACUAUCUUGAAAAGGGGUGUCCAGAAGCUUCAUAUUCAGUAUCCUGAUGAGGUCCUAAUCUCUUCCCAUUCCCUCUUUAGAUGCAACUCUUUAGUACAAUUGGUGCUUCAAAUGAGAUGUAAUCUUAGUGUUCCUAUCUUUGCUUGUCUUCCAAAUAUUCAAAAUCUUAACAUUUCUGGGAUUAGGUUAGUGAGUGAACCCUCCAAUUAUUCAGAAGAUCUAAUUCUUAGUUUCCCAGUUCUCAAAGUGUUUGAAUCUAGAGGAUGUGAGUGGGUAACAAAGCAGAACAUUAGCAUACACGCACCUCUGCUUGAAAGGUUUUCCAUAGCUAUUUGGAACUCAAUAUCAAAAGAAUCAUGUAAAUCUGCCAUCAAGAUUUUUGCUCCCCAUUUAACAGAUUUCUCUUAUGAGGGUGAUCUUGAGCAAGAUAUCAUUCUAUUGAAUUCAUCAUCAAUUUGCAGUGCUUCUGUUCUGAUUGUUGUUGAUGACGACAAAAUGGGCAAAAUGGAAAAACUUGGGAUUCAAGUACACAAUCUUCUUAUACAAAUCCGUGAAGUGGAGCGAUUGAAAUUAUUGUUUUACAAGGCUUUGUUGCAUGCUAAAGAUAUUUUCACCCAUGUACCUGCUUUUGGGAGGUUGACUUAUCUGCAACUUAACGAGGUUACUGGUGAAGCUCUAAUGAACAUACUCCACAAUUCCCCAAUUCUUAAUACUCUUGUUUUACAGAAUGGAGUAUCUGAAUUAAACAAAGAUGUGUUGACUUCUGCAUCAGUGCCUCAGUGCUUUGUGUCUAGCCUCAAAGUUUUUCAGUUUAAAGGAUUUAAUGUGCACGAGAAUGAGCUUCUUCUGGCAAAAUUUGUGAUAGCAAAUGCAGCAGUGUUGGAACAAAUGACUAUAUAUACAGCUUUUUGGUUGAGAUAUUCAGAUAUUGACCUGGAGAAAGUUAAGGAUCAGAUACUCUCAUUUCCAAAGUGUUCCAACUUUGCCAUGAUAGAAUUUUCUGAAGUCAACGCUUCCUAAGCCCCACUGUUAAAUUAUAGUAAUAUCUGGGGGAUCUUGUGUGUUUUACUUCACCAAAACAUUGUAAAAAAUAAAAAUAAGGUGUAUUUAGAUAAGCUUUUUCUUUUAAGAAUUUUUGUUUUUAUAGAAAGAUGAGGGGAAAGGGGGCUUUCUAGGUAUGAGAUGUAUUGGAUGAGGAAUGGAGGAAGAGACAUUGUGACUCAAAAGUGAAUCAAGCCCACAGAAAUAAUGUUUUCAUCAUGUCAGGAUUGCUUUCCACCAACACCAAUCCCAACCUCCAUGGUUUUGAAGAGAAACUCACAAAUUAGUUUUUGAGAUAACAUGUAUAGAGAUGUUAGUUCUUUACUUUUUAAAAUUGUCCUUUUAAUCUUUGAUAUAACAUUCUAUUGAACAAUUGGAUUUUUAAUGUCAAUUAACCGUAACAUGUACAUGUGUGAUGCUAUUUU